CUUACGCACUCAGCUCCGUCCGGUCGUCUUGUGCCCGCAUCUCGUCGCUGUCCGUUGGAGCCUCCGCGUCAUUGGCCACGCCCUCAUCCUCCUCCUCCUCUUCUUCCUCUGCCUCUUCACGUCGAUGGCGGCUGCCUCUGAUCGCUGAGACCUGCGGGUGAAUCUUCAAAGACGCUGCUGAGCAAGCCGCCCGGGUUAGCCUCGCCUGGAGAUGGAUUCUCGAAUCGACUUGCCAUUCAUCAAACAAGAACGCGAAGACGACGCGAGUUUUGGCGUGCGCUACGAUUGUCGGGUCAAACGCGAAGAUGCUCUCCUUGCCGCUGGUGAAGAAGCCGGCGACGGACCAGAGGAGACGGGAGAUUCCUACGGACGUCUGUCCACUCCUGGCCCGAGCCUCAUCAAGACGGAGUUCUUUGAGGAGGACAUUGGUCAAGAUCCAGACCUGAAGAAUGUUAAAGUUGAGAGAAGCGAUGAGAGGCCAGAGGAGACGGGGAGUUCCCAAGGAUGUCCGGCCACCGCAGACCAGAACUUCAUCGAGGUGGAAUUGGAGGAAGAGGACAUCGGUCGAGGAGGAGAAGAAAUGGAUUUGGUGGCGGAUUUACUGGCAAAGCCUUUUACGAGAAGGACCUUUCAAGAAAAGCUGGAAAUUGUGAGGAAGGGUCGACCAACCCCGCAGCUAGCAGCCCUGUCCCAGCCAGGGAAAGGAUUUGUGCGGCACUUUCAAUCGAGCAACUACGAAAGGUACACCUGGCUUACAGCGUCGAAGGAACAUUGCAAAUUGUAUUGCUGGGAAUGCCUGUUAUUUGCAACCGACCGAUAUGGUGUUUGGAGCCACGCUGGGUUUGCAAACCUGAAUUGCCUAACCAAGGCAGCAACGAGACACCAAAGCACGGCAGGACACUUGCAAGCAACGGUGCUAUUGAAAACGUUCGGAGACACCCGAGUGGAUCAACAACUCAACGAACAAAUGCGAAGGGAAACGGAGCUCCACAACGAAAAAGUCAAGAAAAAUAGGGAAAUACUGAAAAGACUGAUCGAUUGUGUCAUCUUUCUGGGUAAACAAGAGCUUUCAUUUAGGGGACACGAUGAAAGCAAGGAGUCCACAAAUAGGGGUAACUUUGUCGAGCUUAUUUCCUUCCUGGCCGAGCACGACAAAGACUUGCAUUACCACCUUUCCACUAACAAAGUGUUUGCUGGUACUUCAGGCAAAAUACAAAACGACCUGAUUAAUGCUAUAGCUGAAGUGAUGGGAGAGGAGAUAAAAAGGGAGAUCAAUAAAGCACCUUUUGUCACAGUUAUGGUGGACGAAACUACAGACGUGAGUUCUGCAGCCCAGCUGCCACUGGUGCUCCGUUAUGUGACAGACACUGGUGUCAAGGAGAGGUUUGUCAGAUUUGACGAUGUUACGAGCGGCAAGCAGGCUGAUGACAUUGCUGCUCUCAUUAUCCGAUUCCUGGAGGAACACGAAUGCCUGGAUAAAGUUGUGGCACAGUGCUUUGAUGGCACUGUCGUCAUGGCAUCUGGACUGAAUGGGGUGCAGGAUAAAGUUAAGGUGAGGGCUCCUAUGGCUUUGUUUAUACAUUGCUAUGCACGUGGACUUAAUUUAGUACUGACUCAAGGGGCAUCGAAGCUUAGAGAAUGUAGGAUCUUUUUUGCGCAUCUCAAUGGCCUAGCUGCGUUUUUUUCCAGAUCCCCUCGGCGCACGCAGCUGCUUGACGAUAUCUGCCAGCGGCAUCUCCCUCGUGUGGCACCAACAAGGUGGCAAUAUAGUUCAAGAUUGGUGAGCACAGUCUUUGAGACGAGAGUUGCCCUAAAGGAGCUAUUUGAGCACAUAUUAGAGCACCAUGAUGAGUACGACGAGGAUUCUGUGCGCUGUGCUGACGGAUACAAUGCACAUCUGAGUGAUUUUGAGUUUUGUUUUUUGCUUUCCACUUUUCAUGUGAUUUUUGAGUAUUCGGAUGUGCUUUUUGGAAUACUGCAGAACAAAACACUCGAUGUACAAUUCUGUCUGGCAAGAAUGGACGAGUUUUGUGACACCAUUGAGAGGGAGAGAGGGCAAUUUGGUGAGAUUUAUGAAUCUACUCUGCGCGAAGCAGGUGCGCCAAGCACACGGAGAGGCCAAGCGCAGGGGGACAUUCGCGCAAGGUUCCAGAAACUUCACAGCGACAUUUUGGACAACAUCCUUGCCCAGAUACGGAACCGGUUUAAAGACCACGAGAAAGUCAUGUUUCUCUCCCUCCUCGACCCUCGGCAGUUUCAGACAUACCGGAAAAAAUUCCCGGAUGCGGCCUUCUCCAGCUUAACGCAGAGCCACGGAACUCUCUUCGACCUGCCCCGGCUUAAAACAGAACUGACUGUGAUGUAUGCCAUGACAGAUUUUGAAGCAAAAAGCCCUGCUGACCUCCUCGCUUUCCUUCAGCAGAAAGAUCUAUGCGGGAGCAUGCGUCAACUUUACGCAUUGGCAUGUUUGGCGGUGACCAUCCCAGUAUCCGCUGCCUCUGUCGAGCGGAAAUUUUCAGCCCUAAAACGCAUGAAAACGUGUUCAAGAAAUAAGACUGAGCAGGCUCGACUGUCAGCACUGGCCUCCAUGGCAAUCGAGAAGGACCUUUUAUUGGAACUGAAACGCACCGAUGUACUGUACAACCGUGUCAUUGAACUGUUUGUAAAGAAAGAAAGGAGGAUGGACUUUGUCUUCAAAUGAUGAGCAGCUUUGGGUUAAUGGAUUUUUAUGUAUCUUUACGAGUCGGACCCGGCACCACGAGGGGUUUUAAGGGAGCUUUAGUAUUUUUGUAUUUAGUUUUAUUUUUGUGUCCCCUCUAUUUAAGCUUCAUGUAUCUAUGGAAAAAUUGCAAAGACAGCAAAAUUAUUGGCCGAGAUACACGUGACUAUCGCUUAGCUGUUGUUUCAGCACCCAUAGACAGUGCUAUUUGUUGUGUGUAGGUGCCGUGAUGUCCAUAGUACUGAAACGGAGCGGAGGAGAUCGAUAGACAGACGGACUUCAUCCUGGCGCCGGGCCUGUUACUAGCUAUUUAUUAUUAUUAUUGCUUUAGAUCGUUGCUGCUGGUGUGAAUGAUGUUCUGAUUCAAUGGCCUGGCUGUGCCUUUGAGUGUGCAUGGUGGAAUGUGCGUUUAGGUCCAGCAGCUUGGCUGGAAUAUGUGGGGAAGCCUCUUGAAUCCUGAUUGUGUUUUUGGUAUUUUACGGCAUUUAUGCUUGCUUGGUGGUCGUAUGAGUAAAUGCGAAUGGUUGUUGUGAGUUCUUGUUUUUUUGGUAAUGACAUUGAUUUGGGCUAUGCGAUGUCUAUUUGUGAUGCAGCAUCCUGUCAAACUGCGUAAUAGUGGUACAUCCUUGAUGGUUUCAGUCACCAUGUAUUCAUGUUCUCUGCAAUUAGUGUAUUGUAACGCUCACGUGUUAAGCCACUUUAUUACACUCCAUAAAGGUUACAGUCACUGUGAAUAUGGGGUGGUUACGUCGAAUGGCAAUAGCCUAUAGCCCUAAUGUCAUGGUGAGGUUAUUCGAAGGUGGUUUAAUUUAGGGAGGAUAGCUCUGAAGGCCUAGGUGUAAAACACACGGCCUGCCACUUGGGUUGGUGUAUAGUAGUAUAGUGUAUAAUAGUGUAGUGUAUAGUAGUGUAGAGUAGAACUCCUCUUAACGACUACCCCUGUUAACUAAUCAUUUAACGACGGACCUCUAUAGAGCCCAAUGUGUUCGCUUACCAUUCAUUCCCCUGUUAACGACGGGCUGUUGUAGGUGCAGUAAACAUGAAUGCAUGUGUAGCAACAUAGAAUCG